AUGGACUUGGUAAACCACCUCCCGGACCGUCUAUUGUUUGCCGUCCCCAAGAAGGGCAGACUAUACGAGAAAUGCUGCAAUUUGUUAAGUGGCGCAGAUAUCCAGUUUAGGAGAUCGAGCAGGUUGGAUAUCGCGUUAUCGACCAAUUUACCCAUCGCCUUGAUCUUCUUGCCCGCGGCAGAUAUCCCCGUGUUUGUCGGCGAAGGUAAUUGUGACUUGGGUAUCACGGGACUAGACCAGAUUAUGGAAGCAGACCAGUUUGACAAUGUUGAAGAUUUGUUGGAUUUGCAAUUUGGUGUCUGCAAAUUGCAAGUGCAAGUGCCUGCUGAUGGACCUUACUCGGAGCCUCAGCAAUUGGUUGGCAAGAAGAUAGUGUCGAGUUUCACAAAGUUGGCUACGGACUAUUUUGAAGAGUUAAAGUCUCAGCAAGCGGAGGGCGGCGCUUCGGCGAAUGUUAAUGUAAGAUAUGUUGGAGGAUCAGUCGAGGCAUCGUGUGCCUUGGGGGUGGCAGACGCAAUCGUCGACUUGGUAGAGAGUGGAGAGACGAUGAAGGCUGCCGGUUUGAAAGCUAUCGCUACUGUGUUGACCACGUCGGCCCACCUCAUCAGUUCCAAGACACCGCGAUUCCCCGAAAUUGUGCAAAUCAUCAACCAGAGAAUCCAGGGUGUCUUGGCUGCGCAGGAGUACGUCUUGUGCAAUUACAAUGCCCCCAAGUCCAUCAUGGCUGAGUGCUUGGCCAUUACCCCUGGAAAACGAGCUGCCACCGUGUCGACUUUGGACAAGCAUGCCCCUGGCGAAGAGGACUGGGUUGCCAUCUCGGCCAUGGUGACACGCAAAAACAUUGGCGGUGUGAUGGAUGAAUUAAAGAAAGUUGGUGCCUCCGAUAUACUCGUACUAGAGAUUUCAAACUGUAGGGUCUAA